AUGAGCCCUUUCAGCAAGUCUCUCACUCACCCGAGUCCAACUGCACCGCUCUCCGUUCACCCACCCACAUCCAUUGCUACGUCAAGCUCAUUUAGUUUCCCACCCACGCCUCCGAAGGACACCAGUCCGGACAGCAUAACCGGGGCCACAGGUGACUAUACUGAUAACAAACCCUUCAAGACAGUGGACGAGACCGACCCCCAGAGUGGUGCCGUGGGUGGCGUUGGUGCUGUCGGAGCUGUUAGUGGCGGCAGUGGAGGAAACAAUGGCGGAAUUCCCCAUUUUCUCAACACGCACAGUUCAGCCCACAUGACCAGCUAUCCUUCAUAUAUGUCCAGUUCAGAAUACUCAGCAGCUCCUCUCGGAUUUCACCAUGCCACAAGCAUGUUCAAAGCAACAUCAGCUUUGUCUAGAAGUCGAUCAAAAUCGCGUUCAAAUUCAGCUACAUAUAUUUUGAACGUAAUUGUAAACCAUCAACUACAAUCUAUCAAUCUAUCUAUCUAUCUAUCUAUCUAUCUAUCUAUCUAUCUAUCUAUCUAUUCAGUUGUUAUCUAUCUAUCUAUCUAUCUAUCUAUUCAGUUGUGUUUCUAUCUAUUCAGUUGUGUUUCUAUCUAUCUAUCUAUUCAGUUGUGUUUCUAUCUAUUCAGUUGUGUUUCUAUCUAUCUAUCUAUUCAGUUGUGUUUCUAUCUAUCUAUCUAUCUAUCUAUUCAUCUAUCUAUCUAUCUAUCUAUUCAGUUGUGUUUCUAUCUAUCUAUCUAUUCAGUUGUGUUUCUAUAUCAUCUAUCUAUCUAUCUAUCUAUUCAGUUGUGUUUUUCUAUCUAUCUAUUCUAUGUUUCUAUCUAUCUAUCUAUUCAGUUGUGUUUCUAUUAUCUAUCUAUCUAUCAUCUAUCUAUCUAUCUAUUCAUCUAUCUAUUCAGUUGUGUUUUCAUCUAUCUAUCUAUCUAUCUAUUCAGUUGUGUUUGUUCAUCUAUCUAUCUAUCUAUCUAUCUAUCUAUCUAUCUAUUCAGUUGUGUUUUCAUUUCUAUCUAUCUAUCUAUCUAUUCAGUUGUGUUUCUAUCUAUCUAUCUAUCUAUUCAGUUGUGUUUCUAUCUAUCUAUCUAUCUAUUCAGUUGUGUUUCUAUCUAUCUAUCUAUCUAUCUAUCUAUCUAUUCAGUUGUGUUUCUAUCUAUCUAUCUAUCUAUCUAUCUAUCUAUCUAUCUAUUCAGUUGUGUUUCUAUCUAUCUAUCUAUCUAUCUAUCUAUCUAUCUAUUCAGUUGCGUUUCUAUUCAUCUAUCUAUCUAUUAUCUAUCUAUCUAUCUAUUCAGUUGUGUUUCUAUCUAUCUAUCUAUUCAGUUGUGUUUCAUCUAUCUAUCUAUCUAUCUAUCUAUCUAUCUAUCUAUUCAUCUAUCUAUCUAUCUAUCUAUCUAUCUAUCGUUUCUAUCUAUCUAUCUAUCUAUCUAUCUAUUCUAUCUAUCUAUCUAUCUAUCUAUCUAUCUAUCUAUCUAUUCAGUUGUGCGUUUUCUAUCUAUCUAUCUAUCUAUUCAGUUGUGUUUUCUAUUCAUCUCCAUCUAUCUAUCUAUCUGUUCUAUUCAUCUUUCUAUAUCUAUCUAUCUAUCUAUCUAUUCAGUUGUGUUUCUAUCUGUCUAA